AUACUGGUGCACGUGAGAGGGAGGGGAGGGUAAGAUGGCGCUGCCCACUAAGCCUUGGGGCCUGGUGCGGUUGGCCCUCAGCGCUCUGCCUUUGGCUCGGAGGGCGCAGCGGUGCUCCAGGUUUCCGGAUCCCCUGCCUGCGCUGGCGUCCCUCCCCUGUGCCAGGUGCUAUAGUUCGGAGCGUGACCCGCGGCGAUCGAGCAAGAAGGUGGUGGUGGUCGGUAUCCCCAACCCCUUCACCUGGGCCCGCACAAAGAUGUAUUUCUUCUUGAUUAGAGCUUAUUUCGACCAGGACUUCACCUUCGAUGAGUUUGCUGCUGGUGCUAAACAAGCCUUUGUACAUGUGUCAAAGAUGCUAUCACAGUGUAACUUCGUUGAAUUGAAGGAUCUUGUAUCUAAAGAGGCAUUGGAAGAGCUGGAAGAAAAAUGCUCAGCAUUGCCAGCUAACCGCAGGCAGGCCUUAGCUGCUGAUCUGGAAGAAAUUAUGUAUAGCACACCAGGCGAUGUUGGAAUUUAUUAUGAUAACCAAGGUAGAAAAUUUGUCAGUAUCAUAAUGCGUUACUGGUACCUGACUGAUGUUGACCUUCCUGAUGAGACACCUGAGGGAACUAAAGUGUUUCAAGUAGUAUUUGGUGAUGAAAGCAGCAAAGAAAGCAAGCGCCUUCUCACAGCAAAUUAUGAAUUUCGGCGAGAAUUUACACAAGGUGUAGACCCUGACUGGACCAUUACAAGGAUACAGCAUUUUAAACUAUUGGAAUAAUUCUGCUGAAAAUCUUACUGUAAGGAUGUCACUGUGUGUUUCACAGAUAAUAAUACAGAUUUACUUGAUUGAAUUCCUUUUGAAUGGAGGUUGUAUUAUUUAAAUGUAAAAUUAAAGCAUAUUGUCGCUGAUCUCAAAUUAAUGGCAUCUUCAUUGCCAUAACUGUUGGUGAAUGUUUGAGAACUUUGCCACUAUGAGUUGUAGAAACUUUAUGACUUCGACCAUUUGCAAGGUGAAUGUAAUUUUUUUUCCCCCAGAUUGUUUUGAUUCAAUGUUCUCAGCAGACAGAUUUAAUGUUUUUUACUGCGAAGGUGUAUUUCUACAAUAGCUGCAUGCGGCAGCUUGGAGAAAGCUGCUACAAAAUUUCAGAUGGAUACAGCAAAAUGGGAUGACUGAAGGUGUGCUGUGGUGUUGAAGGUGUGGAAAAAACCAGAAAACCUGGAGGGGCAGUGCAUUCAGUAUUCAUAUAAAAUCUUCAGCAAAAUAGUGGCUAAAAUCUUUAAAUUAUGUUCCAUCAACUUAAAGAUAGUACUAGUUACUUGUUAAUGAAAUUACAAGAUGGUUGUAAAGAUUUAGGAAACUAAGCAGUCCACCAUAGUUCAUCCUUCAAUGAAUGUCUUGGACUCAUCUACUGCAGGCUCCAACUUCUUAAUUGUUGCUAUGGUUUAUUCCAGUACUCUACCCAAGUAUUGUCAUUGUCCAUUGUGCUCUGCGUGUGUGUUUGCGUGUAAAAGAAGAGCUUUCUGAUAAUGAUUCUAAACUUGCCGAUGAGUCACAGUCAAUCAGUCAAUGUUCCAUUGUUCUGUAAGAGUCAUCUCUUGCGGAUCUAAAAUCUGAGUCUGAAAAGAUCAUUUUCUUACAAUUUUGACAAUGAUAAUCAGUCGUGUGGCUCUUCUCUAUACUUCCAGUUUUUUGAAUGACUCCCUUAUCUUGUUUACCAGAACUGGAAAGAGUAGUCUAAGAUGUGCUAAGCAAUCUGAACAAUGGCUUUCUCUGGCUUUUAUUCCACUACUUUGUCUUUCUAAUUCAAUACAUUAUUGUCAUUUUAGCUGUUGUUCUAAAUUGAUUGCUUAUAUUUAGUUUUGGAUCUGUAGGAUUCUAAUGUUCCUUUCAAAUUAAUCUAUAAAUAUUUCAAUAACUUCAAUAACUUAUGGCCUAUAUUUUACAUCCUAUGUGCAGUAACUCGCACCUAUCUAUGCUAAAUCAUAUCUCCUCAGUUCAACUCAGUAUUUUUAUGUAUAUCCUUUUCUGCCUAUGAAUAGAUAAGAGAUAGCCAUUUUCCCCACAAAAUUGGACCAAAAGUGUAAUUCAGGAAAUGUAAACAAAUACUCUCAACGUUACUUGUUCUGAAGUUCUAACUUCUGCAUGAUUUGGUUCUACAGGCAAUAACUGACAACCAAGAGGUUUAAUAUGUAAGAUGUUUGAUCCUGUUUCCACUGAUGCAAUUUUUCAACAGGGGCAACUGGAUGGUAAUCUGAUGCGAGCCACAUGGUUUUUCUUCUUUCCAGCAAAUGGAAAGUCAGUUAUUGCAUUCAAGUGUCAUGCAGCUAAAUCGGUGGCCUUCACACAGUCUGGGGCCUGCUAGUUUGCAGUGCUGUUUUCUCAGUAGCCUGUGCGCUUACCAGCUGCAUGAUUAGAGAACUUGUUUUCUUGAUGCUUUUAAUUAAUGUCAGAUGUUCUGGCAAUCUCAAUAGUGCCAGACUGUCCAUGGAUUCUAGUUUAAAUGUAACACAAGGACAUGUCUAUAAUAUGCAAUGUAAACCUGCAAAAGUGCAAUUUUAUUGAUAUAGUAUCUGAUAAAUUUUGGUAUACAGUGUGCAGGUCAUAAACAUUUUGUAACAUUUUGAAUUAGUAUUGCUUUUGGCAUUGAUAUUCUGAUGAAGUAGGCUCAUGACUAAUUUUUGAUCUCAUUCUUCAAGAAUCAUCUAAUUGAUUCUUAAAUGAGUCAGGUAUCAUGCUCUUGGCAACUCACUCGAGGUGUUGAUCAUUCUCCAUGAAAGAUGCUUCCUAAAUAUAUUCUUCACAAUAUUGGUACAAAACCAUUUGCUGUCACUGACUAUGUUGAGGUGAAAUCAGCCAUCUGUAAUGCACUACAUGUUUACCACUUCAUGUUUGUUGGCUCGAGUGUUUAGUUCUUGUUGACUGUAUAAACAGGAACAGAGCAAUUUUUCUACAAGAAAUUGAGAAAAGUUUGGAAGAAUUAACUUCUGAUUCACAUUCUACUUCCUCCAUUUAAGGAAGGAAAACAUGAAUUGAGGUACUCUGCACUGCUCUGUUCUCUUAAUGACAAUUUGAAUCAAAAGUGUGCCAUGCCGGGUACUCCAGAAUAUGGAGAUCAUUUGGGUAACUUUUAUUUUGCUGACUGAACAGGAAUAAUACACUUGCAGUUUAAAAUGGCUUGAAAUAUUUUCAGCUUAAGAAUUAUACACAUGGCACACCCCCUUUUACAAUUAAUGUUAAUUACUUAAGCAGUUUGAUCCCUUUCUGUUAACUCGUAUUGUAGUUCUCCUAACAGGAGUAUUAUAGUGAAGGGUGACUAUACUUCUAAUGCAGCAACUGAUUUGCAGAGAUCCCGUGAAGAUCCAACCUCCUCCUUUGCUUGCAGUGCAGUACUACUAGUAAACUCUGUAGUUUGCCUUCUGGGGUUUAUUUUUGUACACAGUUGAGGAUAACUAAGACGUCAAUUUGCAAAAAAAAAGUGAAGAAGUAAUUUAAAUUUGAAAUGGUUGUUUGAAUGAGAUCAUUUGUUAUCCUUGAACUCUGUCAGUGUAACUCCCGUUACAACCAUGGAUGUAUUCCCUUUGCUACCACUUCCCCCAGACUCCACAUAAGGCAAAUUUCUGUGCUUGAUUAUAUUAUGUGGUUUUAAAAAAAUGCUGUUCUUAGAACAUCUCCUGGUGGGUGGAAGAAAUGUGGCGUAGGAGGGAGAAGAUUAAGCUGCUCUCUCAGAAAGGAUUGUGAAAUUGAAGGAACUCUUCAAAAGAAGAAGGUUGGAACUCAACUGCCCAUAACUUGCAGUUUUGCAAGAAGUAAACUUAGUAUAACAGCUGAACUGAGUUGACUUUUAGGAAAUGAAAUACUUUUUUUCUAGAAUUUUUAUAGCAAUGAAUUCUGGCAUCCUUCUGGUGAUAGCUUCACUGUAACUGUCUUACAAUUAAGGACAUGGAAGGACUUAUGAUCAUAUGUACUGUCUUUUAUAUACAGUUUACUGAAAAGUAGCAGAAUACAAAUUAAACACUGAUAUUUUUUCUGUAACUUUCUUGGCAGUAUUUUCUAAAAUUUUAUAAAGUGAAUGUUAAUUUUUUUGUUAAAUCGCCAUUGAUGAUGAAAAUGUGUUUUUAAUGAAUAAACUUGCUUAAAAAGCUGUCCUUUUGAGUUUUUACAGUAGAGUGACACCAGAUUAGAAAGUGAUAAUAAAGCCUGCUUGGUGUACUCAGCUGUGUCAAUUGAAAAUGAUGUGGCAUUUGAAUUUGUAAAUGGUAAUACUGAAGCUUGUUUGUUGAAUUUUAAAGGUCUUUAAAAUACUAUAUUUGUUUCUAAUCUGCAUACACUGCUGCUGCAAAGCUAGUUUAUAUUAUAUUG